UAACAAGCCAUUUUCACCUGCGUAAUAAGCGCUAGUGGAGACACAGCGGCGGCGGCAGCGGCUCCGAGUCCCCGCAGCCGGCCAGACCCCAGCGCGGCCGCAGCCACCAGCCAGCCCCCGGCGGUCACCGCAGCUGUUUUGGUGGCUCCUGCUGCAGCCUAAGAGCCGGAGACCAGCGGCCGCCUUGCAGGCAGCAUGUCAGCCCCGCCGGACCCCCAGGACCUGCUGCUGGCGGGCACUGGGGUGCACUGGGCUGCGGACGGGGCGGAGCAGUAUGCCGCUGGGGCUCAGCUGCGGGAUGGAGAUGGGGCUCAGCAGCGGGAACAGCUGGUUUUCGGCUCGGCCAGGGAACACCCGCCCGUUGCCAUGGCGACUGCAUCCCCAGGUGUUACAGCCUCAUCACACCUCUUUGACUACGGGUCCACUGCCAACGGAGGUGACAGCUCCUUCUACACCUCUCUGAUCUCUGAUGUGCACUACACCACCCCGCGGGACUCCACCUACUUGACAGGCAUUUACCAGCAGGAGAACUGCUCGGGCAGCACGGAGGGAUUUAACGCCCUGGGGCAUCCUGUUCAAGAUGUGACUGCCUUUGAGUCCCGUGGCUUGUUUAGCUCUGAUUCAGGAAUAGAGAUGACUCCUGCAGAAUCUGUUGAAGUUGAUAAAACCUUAGCAGAUCCCAUGAAAGUAGAAGCUUACAAAUACAUGGACAUGAGCAGAUCAGAAGAAAUAAAAUACCAAGAAAAGAAUGACUCUGACUCAGAGGAGGAGAGCCCAGACCUUACAGCUAAGUACCAGGGAACAGCCACCAGCUCCAGCCACGCUGCUGAACCUCAGCAGACAGCUUCAGCGAGCAUGAAGGCAGGGAAAGAGCAAGACCAUCUUGGAGACACAAGGCCUGGAGAUCAGCACAGUGCCUCUGUGGUUACAGCCCCUGUCAAGAUCACACUCACUGAAACAGAAAGCACCGGGGAAGCUGCCAGCAGAGAGUCAAGCCUGACUCAGCCAGGGUCUGGCCUGAAGCCAAGCCACGAGGUGGUACCGACAGUGACAGUGUCAGAGCCAGAAGAUGACAGCCCAGGGUCUGUCACACCACCAUCCUCUGGCACAGAACCAUCUGGCUCAGAGUCGCAGGGCAAGGGAAGCCUGUCGGAGGAUGAGCUCAUCAGCGCCAUCAAGGAGGCAAAAAGCUUCUCCUUUGAGACCCAAGAGGUGCAGUGGUCACCAAGCCUCUCCGCUGAGAAGAAAGAGCAACGGGCCAAACCUGGGCGCCCUGCUGCCUCCUCACACCUGGAUAACGAUGCCAGCAGUGCUGAGUCAGGGGACUCAGAGAUAGAGCUGGUGUCAGAGGACCCACUGGCUGCCGAGGAGGUGCUGCACUCCAACUACAUGACCUUCAGCCACAUUGGAGGGCCCCCUCCAUCGCCCGCUUCCCCCUCCAUCCAGUACAGCAUCCUGCGGGAGGAGAGGGAAGCUGAGCUUGACAGUGAGCUCAUCAUUGAGUCCUGUGAUGCCUCAUCAGCCUCUGAAGAGAGCCCAAAGAGGGAGCAAGACUCCCCUCUGAUGAAGCCUAUGGUCAUGGACAUUAUCAAGGAAGAGAACGGCUCGCGCAAUGACGCCUCGGACUACGAAGCAAACAAAACCACAGAGAGCAAGAUGAACAGGGAAAACCUGGCAGAGUCUGCAUCCUACCUGAAAUCUUCCUUUGGUGCCCCAAAAGUAGGUGCUGAGCCCCUGACCUCCGCUGUCAGCACCGAGGAGCUGAAGGAAAGAAUAAUCCUGAAGAAACCCAUUGAAGAAACUGUUGUUAACCAAAGUAAAGUCUCUUCCAAGGACUCUGGCAAGAGAAGUUCCCUGGCUUCGUCUCUACUGCCAUUUUUAAGUAAGCAGAAAGCUAUUGACCUGCUGUACUGGCGUGACAUCAAGCAGACAGGGAUUGUGUUUGGCAGCCUCCUGCUGUUGCUCUUCUCCCUGACCCAGUUCAGCGUUGUCAGCGUCGUGGCUUACCUGGCCCUGGCUGGGCUCUCAGCCACCAUUAGCUUCAGAAUCUACAAGUCAGUCCUCCAGGCUGUGCAGAAGACGGACGAGGGCCACCCCUUCAAAGCCUACUUGGAGAUGGAAAUGAAUCUCUCACAGGACCAGAUUCAGAAAUACACAGACUGCCUUCAGCUAUAUGUCAACAGCACAGUCAAAGAGCUGAGGAGACUCUUCCUUGUUCAGGACCUCGUGGAUUCUUUAAAAUUUGCAGUACUAAUGUGGCUGCUGACUUACGUGGGAGCCCUCUUCAAUGGCCUGACUCUUCUGAUCAUGGCUGUGGUGUCUAUGUUUACUCUCCCUGUUGUGUAUGACAAGUACCAGGCACAGAUUGAUCAGUACCUGGGACUCGUGCGAACCCACAUAAACACUGUUGUGGCAAAGAUCCAAGCUAAAAUCCCAGGUGCUAAGAGAAAGGCAGAGUAAAGCAGACGCCAAGACUUCAUCAACUACCGUAGCGAGUAACGGGGGAAUCUGGAGUGAAAGAAACUCUGUCCUUACACUUUACUGCAAAUUUCUUGUUCUUUUCUUUUUUUUCCCUCAACACCAUAAUCUUAGAAAGAAGAAAAAAACCCAGAAGCAGUGCUUUCCCCCUGCUGCUUCUGCACUUAGAAUAUUUGCAAUCACUUGUGUCAAGCACUAAAGUAUAGUCAAGAGAAAAGUGUACUAGAUGUGGGUUUUCUUUUUUGUGUUGCUUAUAAAGUGCAUGAUGGUGAGAGCCUAAAUAAUAUUGACCUUUUUCUUUUGGAUAUAUAUAUAUAUAUAUAAUUUUUUUAAGUGGUUUUUCCUUCUUCUAUUGGCAUUGCUUCUAUAACUUUUAAUGUUACAUGUGGCUAGGAGCUUUCCUGCUUAGCGCACUGAUGCAAUAGUUAAAAUCGCUUCUACGUCACUGGGUUGCUGGUUGGAUUCAUCUUUAUUAACUAUAUAGAGUUGUAGGCUGAUGUUUUAGUGUUUUCCAGCACAAAGAAAAGGAACAGGAACAGGUACUUAUGGUAAUCAGUUUUGUAUAACUCAAACAAACAAACAAACAAAAAAACCCCAACAACAACAAAAAAAAAAAGAGACAAAAAGAGGAAAACAAAGCCCAGUACUUUUGUGGGAAGGGAUUGACAGGCUGAUUUACAUGUAUGGUAACUGGAAAGUUCCAGCAUGUUAACAUUUAUUACAGUUUGUAUUACAUUCUCUGUAGUUCCUACUGGAUUUAAUUAUGGACUCUGAAUAUUUGCACUUAUGUACUUGAUACCGAAUGCAGAAAUAAAUGUUACUAAAUGUA